AUGCAGAGUCAAAGGAGAAAGAUUGAAAAUGCUUGUCCAUUAGCUACAAUACUGGAGUUAAAUUUGGACAUUGAUCAUCUUGAUAAGGACUUUGUUGAUUCAAUUUCUACCAAGUCUGCAUUGAAUUUGUAAGCUCAAAAGUGGGGUUAGAAAUGUGCAAACAUGCAACCAAGAACAAGUAGUGUUGGAGAUGGCAUUAGGGUAAGUACCUCAACUGUACCUAGUAAUUCUUGUGGUGGAACUGAACUAGAUGACCUAGACUCAUUUCGUGAUGUGUACAUAUGGGGUAAGUUUUUCUCAAAUGGGGUUUCACCUGAUGGGAUUGGAACUCAAAUUCCUUCUCAGAUAGAUGUGUUGAUUCCUAAGCCAUUAGAGUCAAAUGUUAUUCUAGAUGUUUGCCACAUUGCAACUGGUGCACACCACAUUGCUGUAGUAACUAAGCAAGGGAAUGUUUUUACAUGGGGAAAAGACUCAGGGGGAAGGCUUGGUCAUGGAAUUGACAAAGAUUUUGUCUCCCCACGUGAAGUUAAGUUUCUUGAAGGUACUGAGUUUGACUUUGUUGCAUGCGGAGAGUAUCACACAGGAGUUAUAUCUAAAUGCUAUGAACUUUAUACAUGGGGUGAUGGAGAACAUAAUGUUGGACUUCUUGGACAUGGUUCUGAGGCUAGCCAUUGGAUGCCAAAAAUGGUCAAUGGCCCUUUAGAAGGAGUUGAAGUUGUGUGUGUUGCUUGUGGCUCAUGGCAUUCAGCAUUGGCAACCUCAGAUGGAAAACUUUUUACCUUUGGUGACGGUGCAUUUGGUGUCUUGGGACAUGGAGAUCAAGAGAGUGUGUGUUAUCCAAAAGAAGUGAAACUUUUGAGUGGUCUAAAGACUAUAAAGGUUGCAUGUGGAGUUUGGCACACAGCAGCUAUUAUGGAGGUUGAAUUUCAAUCUGGUUCAAAUGCUUCAUCUGGGAAGCUUUUCACAUGGGGUAAUGGAGAUAAACAUUGUCUGGGUCAUGGAAACACAGAAACAUACCUUCAACCUACUCGUGUUGCUCCACUUACGGGAUAUAACUUUCACCAAGUUGCAUGUGGGCACACAAUGACUGUUGCUUUAACUACUUCUGGUCAUGUAUUUGCAAUGGGAGGAACUGAACAUGGGCAAUUGGGAAAUCCUGUGUCAGCUGGAAAAAUACCUACUUUAGUCCAAGAUAAGUUGCUGUGUGAGAUUGUUGAGGAAAUAUCAUGUGGAGCACAUCAUGUUGUUGCCUUGACAAAGAAAGGUGAACUAUAUACAUGGGGAAAGGGUGCCAAUGGAAGAUUAGGGCAUGGAGAUGUUGAAGAUAGGAAAUCUCCUACAUUGGUUAUAGCCAUGAAAGAUAGGACUAUAGAAAACAUCUCAUGUGGCUCUAACUUCACAUCAUGUGUAUGCAUCCAUAAAUGGGUCUCUGGAGCUGAUCAAACACUUUGCUCUGGUUGUCGACAAGCGUUUGGUUUAACAAGAAAAAGGCACAAUUGUCACCACUGUGGUUUGGUAUUUUGUCAUGCGUGUAGUACUAAAAGAGCAUUCAAAGCAGCAAUGACUGCAACACCAGAAAAACUUCAUCGUGUGUGUGAUAAUUGUUAUGUUAAGCUCAAAGUUUUUGAUGAAAAUGGUUCUUCCAAGUUAGACAAAAAGCCUACUACCACUACUACCACUGCUACUAAUAACUUCAUAAAUGAAAAGGAAAAAUCAAACCAAGCAGCAAUAAGACCCUCAAGAAUUCUCUUGGCUCCUAUAACUGAACCAGUGAAAUACCUUGAAAUAAAGAAUAAUAACCCUGAAGAUAAUGGUGAUUCUACUUCCUUUGUACGAGCUUCCCUUGUUCCAUCUCUUACACAAUUGAAAGAUGUUGCAUUUCCAACUUCACUUAGUUCUAUUCAAACUAUUUUAAAGCCUAUAAUACCUCUUAGUCCGCCACAAACUCCGACACAAACUCCGCCGCAAACUCCGACGCAAACUCCGACACCAAAUACCAGUCCGGGGCCCAAAUUUACAAACACAGUGAGACAAAGCGCUGCUCGCCCUGCUAGCCCUAGGUUUUAUGGAAGUAUUAACGAGAGUUUAAGAAGGACAAAUGAUAUAUUGAAUCAAGAAGUUGCAAAGUUACAGAAACAGAUUCAAAGUUUAAAGGACAAAAGUGACAUGCAAGAUUUGGAAAUCAAAAGGCUUAACAAAAAGGCUACGGAAGCUUCUGCCCUUGCUGCAGUGGAAUAUUCUAAUCACAGAGUAACGAAAGAAUUUGUUGAAUCUACUAUAUCUCAGAUGAAGGAAGUGACUGACAAAUUGCCUGGAGAAAUUUCAGAAAGUCGGCAUUUGAAAGAUGUACUUAUUCGAGUAAAAGAUUUUCUUAAAGAAACUUCAGAAUCUGAAACAUCUUCAUCACCAAACUCGAAGACUAAACCAAAAGUUGCACCUGAAAUACCUACCUCGAAUAACGACUCUUCCAAAUUCCACGCUGAAGAUAAAGUGGCUGCAACAGAAGCCAAACCUUGUCAAGAUGAACUUGAACAAAGCAAAAAAUCAAACUUAAAACAUGAGCAACAAAAUGUGGAUCAUGAUAAACAAAAUUUGCAUGAAGAAACAGAUAAAUCAAAAUUGGAGUCAACACAACAAAAUAUACCUAGUUCAGAUUCCAUCACUUCCGAAAUGCAUGAACACAAACUAGAUGAAAUCGUUCAUGUCAUAGAAGUUAUCCAUUGUGAAAAUAGAGGAAACUCUAUCAAAGAAAGUGAUGGAUCAAAGCAAGAAAUUGAAAACCAAAAGGAUCGUACACUUUCCUCAUCUAGUGACAUUUCUGAAUUGUUAGAUGAUCAUAGACUAGAUAAUGCUGAGGUUGCCGGAGUUGAUGAAUCUCAGGAACAAGAUCAUGUCUUCCAUGAAUGUAUUGGUGCACAAAUGAAUUUAGAAAACUCCGAAGAUUGUUCAAGAUCUUCACCACCAGGAAACCAGGGAGAAGUACAAGUUAUUGAAAAAUUUGCUCAUGGAGUUUAUGUGAUUCUCAUGUUACAGCCUGAUGGUACCAAAAUUUUUAAACGAGUUAAAUUCAG